CGGGGGUGUGAGGAGAGGGGGCGGGUCCUUCCUCGAAGGUGGGGGGCGGGGAGAGGGCGGGGGCCCAUGUGACCGGCUCAGACCGGUUCUGGAGACAAAAGGGGCCGAGGUGGCCGUAGCGGGAAGGGCCGGCGCGGGAGGGAGCGAAGCAUCGCGGGCAGCGAGCGAGAUGCAGCACCGAGGCUUCCUCCUCUUAGCCCUUGUCGCCCUCCUGGCGCUCACCUCCGCGGUGGCCAAAAAGAAAGACAAGGUGAAGAAGGGCAGCCCAGGGAGCGAGUGCACGGAGUGGACCUGGGGGUCCUGCACCCCCAGCAGCAAGGACUGCGGCAUGGGUUUGCGGGAGGGCACUUGCGGGACCCAGACCCAGCGCAUCCGAUGCAAGGUGCCCUGCAACUGGAAGAAGGAAUUUGGAGCGGACUGCAAAUACAAGUUUGAGAGCUGGGGGGAGUGUGAUGUGGGAACAGGCACCAAAGCCCGCCAAGGUACCCUGAAGAAGGUUCGGUACAAUGCCCAGUGCCAGGAGACCAUCCGCGUGACCAAGCCCUGCAGUCCCAAGACCAAAGCAAAGACCAAAGCCAAGAAAGGGAAGGGAAAAGACUGAGGCCACAGAGCCUCUGGCCUUACCUGGAGCCUUCGUCUCCCACAGGCCCAAGAUAAAACCCAUCAGUGCCUUUCAUCUUCUUGUUAGCUUUAUCAAUCAUGCCCUGCCUCUGCCCUCUCCCCCCCCCAAAACACACCAAGUGCCCAAAGUGGGGAGGGACAGGAGAUUCUGGGAAGCUUGCGCCUCCUCCCAAAGGAUUUAAUUCCCAGUGUUCUCUUGUGUUCUUCCCCACUCUGAUACCUGUUACUAAAAAUUAAAAAACAAACUGACUUUUUUUUCCCAAUAAAAGCUUCUUUUUAAUAUAUAAAA